GGCAACAUCUCGCUCGUGUCUCCGGGGGUGACGGCCACUGCCCCCUCACCAGUGACUUGUGUUGUACUAGAAAAAAAAAAAGAAAGGAAAACUUAAUGAACUUGGAUUAUUAUAUAUUUAUUAUCGUGUGACUGUGAACUGAUACUUUACCGAGUGGAUGGAAUAUUUCAACAAGAUGGACGGUGGCGGAGGGUUCGUUCGAGCUGGGUUACUUGGCCUGACCCAGGGCGUCUCCCUUCACGACCCACUGCGCCUACACCACGCCCUACACACCCAGGCGUCUGACAGCGUGAAGGACGGCACCUCCACCACCUCCCUCCUGCGUCCCCUCUCAGACUACCCUCACCUACCCCUCCUCCCCUUCACCGCCCCUCCUUUCCUCCACCCUCACCUUGACCCACGCCUUCCUUUCUCACCCUCCGCCUUCCAUCCGCUCCAUUCCCACGCCCACGAAGCCCACGCCCGCGCCCAUGAUGCCCACGCUAAGUUACCCCCACCACCCACGGGCAGUCUCUCCGGGUCGGCGUUCUCCCCUCUGCCAGCCAAGACGGCGAAGAUGGAAGAUGGAGGAUGCUCCUCCUCAGUCAUCCCCUGCUCCUCCUCAGGGCUCUUCUCCCCCGCCCUCCUUGCCUCCCUCGACCCCCGCACCGCCUUCCUCACGGGCGGCGGAGGCGGUGGCGGAGGCGGCGGAGGUGGGGGCCUGGGUUUGUUAGAGGACCGGCGCGAUUCACCGUCCCCGCGUGGGUCUCACGGGUCCCGGGAGUCCCCAGGCCACGCCCGCGACACCGACACACCCAACUCUAACAGCGACGAACCCAAAGGACGGAAGCCCCGCCCCGGAGAGUCAUGGUGCCCCGUGUGUGGGGUGACACUUCGCCCCGGAGAGUUGGAGACUCACCUCACCCACGAACUGGACAAGCUGGUGCGCCUCCCCCAGUCCCGCCCACUCUCCCAGCGUACGCCCACGCCCACUACCUCCACGCCCACAACCAGCACCACGCCCACGCCCUCGUCGUCGUCAGCAGUCACCAGCGUGGCCGCCUCAGUCACCUCGCCUCUAAGCCCACACCCUGUACACGCCCGCGCCCGUGACCCUGGAUGGGAUACGUAUCAGCGGGUGCGAGCCAAUCGUCAGGUGCGGCUGAGGGCCAAGAAGCGACGGUCAGGCCGCAGCGAUGAGUGCGGACCCGCCUGCCCCGUCUGCGGUGAGAGGGUGUCUGCUGCCACUCCUGAAGACCUGCACGCCCACGUUGAGUCCUGCCUCCGUCGGUCUGGAGGAGUACUGUCUGGUCUCCUGCAGGGGGGUGGUGAGGACGAGGUGGUGGACGUGGAGGGGGACGGCCCCUACGAGGAAUAUGAGUGGUGUGGACAGAGACGCGUCAGGGCAUCUUCACUUCUCAGGCCUCAGCCGCCGCUUCUUGUAGCGUUGCGUGGAGCGCCCGACUGUCACAAAAUAAACCUCUUCUUCACGACUCCGGCAGAUCGUCACAGAGAAGGUGGCAGCGAGCGUAGCGGAGACUCUGAGAUGACCAGUGGAGGAGGAGUGAUGGAGGGCAGCGAUGGAGGAAGCAGAGUGGAGCCCAUGAGUGUGGAGUUGGAGGCCCUCAAGGAGAAAGUGCGAGUGUUGGAGCGGGACGGCGCCGCCCCCUCCAAGUUCCUUUGCCUCGUGUGUCAGACGGAGUACGACCGGCCAGCGGUGUCUGUGGUGUGCUGGCACGUGCUGUGUGAGGCCUGCUGGGCACACACUCUGGGUGUGAAGAGCGAGUGCCCACAGUGUUCCCAGUCUGUUUCCCCCGAGGACCUGCGCCCCAUCCAUUUGUGACCACCAACACCAGCCUAGCAGUUCACCGGCAGCCCCGCCACCUCCACCCGCACACCCACACCCAUGCU